CCUGGAUCAACCCAUUUUUUACCUCUCCAAAAACACCCUGAGAACAUCUUCCGGCUCAUCCUCCAACUCUUGACGUUACAUACUCAAGUACUGCACCCUCAAGUUUGCUUCAAGAAUCUACAAGCACGCGGACAGCGCCAACAAGAAACUAUUACCAUUUCCUUUCCUGUCCUUCAGCAAAGAAAGAGCCUUCCAACUUCGAAUUUACCUCAAUCCUCGAGCUUUAAACACUUCGACUAGCCCAUUCGCUACCAGAUUCCCUGGCCGAGUCUCAACUCCAGGUCUUGGUCCUAUUCAGUACCUACCAACAAAAGAUACAUCGAAACUGAGGCACGAAAAGCGUAACAAUAUAAACUUACUAGAAAACAACUCAUCAUGGGCAAAAAGCACCGACCGCCGCCACCAUCACCGGAAUUGGUUGCUAGCAGAAUAUUCAAGCCGGACGCAGGCAUCAAGCAGAAGCUCUCCGCAAAAUUCAACCCAGCGACGGGACUCGCCACCCUUCAAUACGAAGGCAGUGAUGAAGUGGUUCCUACAAACCAACUUUUAGUCCAGGUUACAUCAGCUACCAAGGGAGGCCAGAAGAAAUAUAUUCCAGUGGUGUCAUCAUGGGGCAUCUUUUAUGGACGAAACUCACCUUACAAUCUCUCCCACUGCAGCCCGAACGGUACGAGUAGCGGUUCUGCUCUUGCCAGAGGUAUAUCGAAUGUCCUCCUAAACAUUACGGAUGAAAAUUUGCGGCCCAAAACAGCUGUGCCAAUUCAGAAUGUUGUCAUCCGAAUAUCUGGGCCUAACACAUAUAAAACACUUACUGACGAUGUUUGGCAUUGGAACAUGGACUCUGACAGCCAAUGGGAAAGCUUGAUAAUAAACAUUCACAAAUCUCUAUUGAAAGUAAUGAGCGAGAGCAACAUCAGUGUUCGACUCCAAUUGGUCGAUGGAGGGCAAUGUGGAGGUGCUAAGCACCUUGCUGAGAAAGCCUUGAAUAACUCCGAGAUCUACCAGAAAACCAACCCUGAUACCCCCUCCCCCGCCAAAGCUCCUCCAAUAUCCGCAGCGAGAACACCAAAUUCACAACCUGGUUUACCAUGGGCCCUUGCUGAUACUUACGCAUCCUCGGAUCCAGGAACCAAAAACAACGUUGAAAGAGUUAUCCUUCGCUUGGAAUACCCUCUUGGAGCUGAGAAUGAGUGGAGCAGAAGUGUACAAUCAUUUUUGAUUCGACGUGCUCUCCACCAAUGGAACGGUGAUUCUGACUUGAAUGAAACAUUCCGCUCUAUGUUCGGACCAGAUUCAAUCGAAAGAGUUGACCGAGAACGGCAAACCCUUGUGCGCCAGAUUCAAGCUCUACAAAUACACUUGGCCGGGAUCCCGGAUGAUUUCGCUUUUGCUGGUGCCCCGGACUUCAUCAAAUGUCACGCUACCAUUGCUGAGGCGGCGACAGUUCUCGGCAAGAUCGAGAAGGGUUAGUACAAUUUAUUUGUUAUUGUUUCCGACUUAAAAUAUCACUUGAAGCUAAUCACUACUGGCAACCUUGCAGGUCAGAGCUCUACUGGGAUAUACUGAAUGCCAUUCAUUCCUUGUACACAGCUUUGAUCAAAGGCAACUCAUUUCGCCCAUCUGGUUAUAUUUGCCACCCUGUCCCCUUAUUUGGGAGUCCUGGUUCAUCAUCUCAUCAAAGUAUUAACAAGCUAGGCAAUCUUUCAUUAAGGAAAACAUCAGCUAAUGUACGAAACAACAACGCGGCCGAUCUGGAAAUCGCUCACUUCAUUUUCUUCGAGCUGGUAUCGAAGUUCGGAACCCUAUCAUUUCCCUUUUUCAUUCAGACAAAUAAAUCGCAAGGAUAG